AUGAGCGUAGAAGAUUACAUUUCAACGUCGCUGUCUGACACGUACAGCAACAUCAAGCACAAGGCAACCUUCAUCGCCUGGGUGACCGCCGGCAUCUCGCUGGCGAUGUCCGACGACGGCGCGGGUGCCCCGGCAGCGGCCGAGGCGGCGAAGAAGCACAAGCACGUCCCAAACCCGCGGCGCCGGGCCAAGCUCAAGCAGGCGGCCGCCGCCGACGACGCGCAGCAGCUGCCGCCAGAGGAGCGCAAGCGCCGCGCAGAGCAGCGGCGCCGCCGCGAGAUCGCGCUCAACGUGCGCGCGGCGGGCAAGACGUACAACCCGCACAAGCUGCGCAAGUCGCAGGGCGGCGGCGCGGGGGGCGGCGACGCAGCGGGCGGCGGCGUGAAAAAGGUCAAGAGGGCUGAUCGGGUCAAGCUCAAGGCGGGCAAGGCCCACCGCUGCAGCCACCAUGCCAUCGUGCUGCCAAUCUACUGGAACCAGCGCGCCAAGGAGAAGCAGGACGUGCUGGGCGCGGCGCAGCGCGCGGCGGACGCCCUGAGGGGCGCGGGGCUCGACGUGGCUGUGGACGAGGGCGACAAGUACACGCCGGGCCAGAAGGUGCGGCCGCGGCGGCAGCGCCUUGGAUGA